AUCUAUGCGCAUUGCGCAAAUUUAUGUUGAGUAUUGACUUUUUUCACUAGAGGUCGCCGUUUUUUACAGUGUAGGGUGGUGUAGCGACAAUAUAAGAAUUAUGGCAAAUCUCCUGUUGCGCCGUGCGCUGUUAGAUGCAGUCCGAGUACCAAUUGGUGCCCGUGCUUCCAGUGAACUUGCCAAGGUUGGCAAUCGGGAGUGGGUAGGCUAUGGCUUCAACGGUCAACCCAACUAUGUAGACAGGCCUGACUUCCCCCUCCCCGCCGUCAGGUUCCGUCCCGACACACCCGACAUUAAGGUUCUCCGUGAAAAGGAAAAGGGUGAUUGGCGCAAGUUGACCCUGGAAGAGAAGAAAGCCCUCUACCGCGCUUCCUUCUGCCAGACCUUCGCCGAAUUCCAGGCACCCACUGGAGAAUGGAAGGGAGCUCUCGGCUGGGCGCUUUGCAUUGCUUCCCUCUCAGUCUGGAUCUACAUGGCAAUGAAGUUGUUCGUAUACAGCCCUCUGCCUGCCUCCUUCGAUGAUGAGCACCAGAAGGCACAGCUGAAGCGUAUGUUGGACUUGAAGGUGAACCCCGUCGAUGGAUUAUCGUCCAAGUGGGACUACGAAAACAACCGCUGGAAGUAAACUGUAUAACCGUCUGGUGCUUGACAACGGGGCUGGCUAGCGGUAGAGUAGACAAUGUUAUAUAAGUGAAUAAAUCUGUAAGAUAUAAAAUAAAAAUCGUGAUUCCAAUCA